AGCGCGCGACUUGGUCGAGCGCAGCAAAAAGUGUGAUUUGUGUCACAGUUUUGUACAGGUACUAGGGUAAAGAAUCCAACAUCACACAUUGACUAGGGUAAGAAUGACCUUGCGCACGUGGGAGAGGUUCUUUGAUCUGCAGCUAGUUUCUGAGGACGGUGAGGAUGAUACUUUAAAUGCUCCGAUAUCUUACAGGUACCUUGGGUCCAUACGACAGCCAUCCACUCGCCUUUUGAAUAUGACGCAACGACCUAGGCCAAUGGUGAACUGGGAACACGUCUCUAGCUGGCUGCGAGGCUGCGACCUGCACCGCGAGUGCUCUAGCCAGCGACAACUGUGCACCCAACCGACUGGCCUCCGAGUUAUAGAUGUUGAGCGAGGGUGUAUUGUGGACGCCCCACCGGAUUGUUUUUAUGCUGCAUUGAGUUAUGUCUGGGGUGUCAGAACAGGCAGCGAGCAGUUCGAAGCGACCGCUGCAAACUUGAGUGAGCUGGAGCAGGAAGGGUACUUAUUGAAACAGGGCCUGCCAGCCACACUGUAUGAUGCGAUAGUUGCAUGCAGGAAACUCCACAUCCCGUAUUUAUGGAUUGACCGACUCUGCAUCCUUCAAGGCAAAGAAUCAUCGCACGAAGCCGAGAUCCAAAUCAAUGCCUUGGGCGAUAUUUAUCGCCGUUCAGUAGUCACCUUGGUGGCGAUGGCUGGUGAAGAUGCCUGUUAUGGUUUACCUGGAGUGUCGUCCAAACAGAGAGAUACAGCCAUUUCAGUCUGUACGCAGGGGAUAUUCAUGAUACAAAUGCACCCGGACUAUGCCCUGAAUCUUCGCAAUUCCAAAUGGUCGACUCGUAGUUGGACAUUUCAGGAGGCGGUUCUCUCCUCACGACUGAUACUUUUCUCUGACUCUAAUGUGUUUUUUGAAUGUCUUCAUGGGGAGGGCGCUAGAUUGGGAGGUUAUGAACCUAUCUCAGUCUUCCUUACCCUCCCAGUCUGUCAUCGAGGCUGGUGUAUAUCAUUUCAAUUCUUAUUCCCUCACGCAUUCUUACCGCAUACUCGUGAUGGACUUUACGACAAGAAAGCUAUUCUACGUGCCUUUGUAGGAAUCCUCAAUUCUAAAUAUGGAUCUGACCACUACUUUGGACUACCAUUCUGCGAGCUCGACCGUGCUAUGUUAUGGUGGCCGAGGAAUGGAAAAUAUCCGCCAAGAAUCCCGAGAGAGGGCGAAGUCCUGCCGUCAUGGUCCUAG